UUAUAAAUAACCCCGUUAAUGCCUCAAGCAACUCAAACAACAAGAGGUUAAGCAUUGGGAGGAGGAGCUUUUAAGAUCAAAGCCAAAUUAGAAUCCCAGGUAAUGGGAUGAUUUGGUUCAAUCAAUUCUAUCCCAUUUAAGUAUACAUUCAUUAUACGGAUAAAAGACCAAUCGGGGGUUUCUUGGCUUGAUUUUCUUGACUCUGGUUAAUUUAUAUUUUCUCCCCUUUGUGAAUACUUUCGUCUUGUUGUUCUCGUGUUUUGGGUGAGGGAGGAUCAAUGGAGGGUAAGAAGGAGUACAUUACCGCCGAGGAGCUGAAAAAACACAACAAACCAGGAGAUUUGUGGAUCUCAAUCCAGGGUAAAGUUUACAAUGUUUCGGAUUGGGCUAAGGAGCAUCCUGGUGGGGAAAUCCCGCUUCUGAAUCUGGCUGGCCAAGAUGUUACCGAUGCCUUUAUAGCUUAUCACCCUGGAACCGCUUGGAAAUAUCUUGAUAAGUUGUUCACUGGGUAUUAUCUCCAAGAUUUUCAGGUCUCGGAUGUGUCCAAGGAUUACAGAAGGCUUGUCACGGAGUUUUCCAAAAUGGGUAUGUUCGAAACGAAAGGGCAUGUGGCUUUUUGUUCAUUAGCAUCUGUAGCUGUCAUGUUUGCCAUUGUUCUUUACGGUGUCUUGAGAUGCGAUAGCGUGUGGGCUCAUCUGGGUGCAGCCAUGGUGUUGGGAAUGCUUUGGAUACAAAGUACAUACGUCGGUCAUGAUUCUGGACAUUACCAGGUAAUGAGUAGCCGUGGUUACAACAGACUUGCUCAGAUAAUCACUGGGAAUUGUUUAACCGGUAUCAGCAUUGCCUGGUGGAAAUGGACUCACAAUGCGCACCACAUUGCCUGCAAUAGCCUGGAUUAUGACCCUGACCUCCAGCAUAUCCCCUUUUUUGCAGUCUCUUCACGUUUUUUCAAUUCAUUAACGUCUUGCUUUUACGGAAGGAAGUUGAAUUUUGACCCUCUUGCAAGGUUUCUCAUCAGUUACCAGCAUUUGACGUUUUAUCCUGUUAUGUGUGUGGCAAGGGUGAACUUGUAUUUACAGACAUUACUGCUAUUGUUCUCAAACCGGAAAGUCCCAGAUAGAGCAUUUAACAUAAUGGGGAUCCUUGUGUUCUGGACUUGGUUACCUCUCCUGCUUUCCUAUCUACCCAAUUGGCCAGAAAGGUUCAUGUUUGUUCUAACAAGCUUCGCUGUUACAUCCAUUCAACAUAUCCAGUUCUGUUUGAACCAUUUCUCAGCAAAUGUAUAUGUUGGACCUCCAAACGGCAACGACUGGUUCGAGAAGCAGACCAGCGGGACAUUGGACAUAGCGUGUUCAUCUUGGAUGGAUUGGUUCUUUGGUGGUUUGCAGUUCCAGUUAGAGCACCAUUUGUUCCCCAGGUUGCCCCGAUGCCAAUUAAGGAAGGUAUCUCCGGUGGUGAAGGAUCUUUGCAAGAAACAUAAUCUACCUUACAGAAGUCUGUCUUUUUGGGAUGCCAAUGUAUCAACGAUAAAGACACUGAGAACUGCAGCAAUGCAGGCCAGGGACGUAAGCAACACAGCUCCAAAGAAUUUGCUGUGGGAAGCUGUUAAUACACAUGGCUGAGGAUGGGUUUAUGGGGCAAACAUGGCGUAUUUUUCUCAAGCUGAACUCAAUUUCUUUUGUUUGCGUAUUUUUCCCUGCUGUUUAGACUAUCACCCGGAUUUAUUUAUCUGCUCUGCUUUUAUUUUAUAAACUUAUUAUAAUAAUACAAUACAGAUCUACCUUAGAUGUCUUCAUUUUGUAUUUUCUGUUCAAAAUAAUAAUGAGCAAAGGCCAAAGGUGGCGUUUAAACCUA